CGUCACUGUCCAGGCAGCGCGUGGACCUCCAGUCCAGGGAACGCUGCAGGAGUCGGUCAGAAAUCCUAGUCGGCCUGGAGGUUGCCUGACUUCAGACAAAAUCAAAAUCAGACGAAACUAAACUAUUACAGGCCACACGAUGACCUCGCUUAGCCAGAAAGAGACAACAGCAAAAACACAGGUCGGGGCGGUGGAAAGUCCCCAGGUGCCACCCCUCUUACUGCCUCACUAUGAUGAUCCCGAGUCAGCCAUCUCAUCUCCUCACUCCAGUUACCACAGCAUGAGCCACUGCCUCCGCACCAAUGUCUUUCCAGGUCCUCCUUUCACGUGGAAAUCCCACGUCAGUGAGUUCUACAUCAGACACCCUCUGCCUGCCAAGCCUACAGACCCCGACCGCUGGUACGGCCGCAAGACUAAUGAAAUGGUCCAGUGGACAGAGAGAAACUUUGUGAACCAGAGGCUUAACAAGAUGCUGAAGGAAAUGGAAGACAAGGGCACAGCGAAAUAAGGUCCUGCAUGCUUCCUACCUCUGUACCGCUCAUGCCGGAACUUCAUGAUUCACACCUUUGAUGGCUUUGGACAUGCAAAUAAAAUGCGAUGUGCAUCUUCCUUU